AUGUUCAUCAAAAAUCAUUCAGCUACUGUUGCCUUUGGCAUCGCUAUGGCACAUGGUUUUGAUAAAAAGGAUCAAGCACUUCGUUAUUUCGAUCAAAUGCUACUCACUCUACCAUCUUAUCAUAUUGAUCUAGCAGAUAUUUUACAACAACGAGCUAUUUUAUACCAAGAAAAAGGUGAACAAAAAUUGGCUUUAAGUGACUAUGAACGGGCGCUUGAAAUUCGUCGUCAACGUGUCCGAGAGAAUCUCUUGGGUAUUGCCUCCCUCAAUAGUAAUAUUGGUAACCUUCAGAGAGUAACAUCCAACUUCGAGGCAAGUUUAAAUAGUCAUCAUGCAGCACUGAGUACUUAUGAACAAUUGUAUGGAACAGAUGAAGACCAUGUAAUAAAAGCGAAGGUAAACAAAAAUAUUGGUUUGACUUAUUAUAGCAGUGGAAAUACACUCAAAGCACUAGAAUAUUUAACUCUUGCUCAAGUCGUGUACAAGCGACUAUUGCCUGAAAAACAUCUAUUCCAAAUUGAACUUCUUGGACAUAUUGGAACAAUUCAUGAAGCAACAGGAAAUUUAACAUCAGCAGAAAAAUUUUUUCGCCGUCAGUUAAAUUGGGGUGAAACAAUUCUACCAUUAGAUCAUCCUCUACUCAUUACAUUUCUCGAUUCUAUCUUGCGCAUUCACAUGAAAAUGACUCAAACGUCAAAUAUUAGCGCGAUAUUCACCAAACAUUUGCAAAACCUAAACAAAACGCUUGGUCCACAACAUCCUACAAUUCCUCGUCUUCUUUUCAUGGUUGCUUUUUUGCUCGAAUCAGCACAACCAAUCGAAGCUAUUAAGUUUUAUGAACAAGUUAUUCAUAUGAGCCAAGAUUUAACACAGCCGGAUCGAUUGACAAUAUUAAAAUGUCAUAAGAAUCUUGCAUCAUUGUACAGAAAAACUGGAAAUCUGACAGAAGCACUCAAAUAUGCUACUCGUACGCUUGAUCUUCAGCAGCAAUUCUUAUUCGAAGAAGAAAACUAUUCACUUGAAGCUGCCGAUGCACUGCACAACAUUGGUUUAAUCUAUCUAGAAAUGAAUUUAUCCACAGAUGCUCUUCCAUAUUUGACCAAAUCACUAACGAUGUAUCGUUCAACGUACUCGCCGAAUCAUCCAAGUGUUCAAGCAGUUUUGACCAGUAUCAUUCAUGCAGCCAACCAAAGUCAAUCGAUUAGUUAA